AUGUUUGGAGCGUUUUUGUCCUCAUAUCAAUCAUAUGUUGGCUAUUCAUACAGUAGUUCGCGACCGCCCUAUAUUCGUGGAGAUGCCUUUCAGUUUUUGAAUGCCAGUCGUGAAUUCCUUGAAUUUGAUCGUACGGAAUAUGUCGUAACCACAAGUCUCCUUAUUCAAGUGGUGUCUCGUCAACUGGUAAGUUCGAAUAGUUGGUUGAGUGCAUUCUGUAUCUCCGCUUGUUGA